AUGGUGCACCGUCGUUCUCGUGAAAAGUUGCUAUUGCUGGUCAUAGCUGCUUGUUUAUUACCUCUCCAUGCGGCACUCAACGUGUCCAGUAUCGAUCAAUGCGCGCCUCUGAGUCCACGCAAAACACCAGUAACAGGUGUUACGGAUCUCCGUGCAGAUGAUAUCAAAGUCAUUGGUGGAUUGGGUGACAGUAUUAUGGCAGGAUUCGCCAUGAUGGGAAUUAAUGAAGCCGGUACUGGAAUUGUGAACUUUAGCUCUGUGACGGAAUUCCGAGGCCACAGCUAUGCUGUUGGCGGUGACAAAGGAGCUGUGACAGUGCCAAAUUUUCUGAAGCAUUAUUCGAAGAGUGUAAAGGGAGCCUCCGUUGGCAGCCAUAUUGUCUCUUAUUGUGGAGCUGAUACCUGCCUGGCUGUGUAUCGACCGCUUCGCGAUAACCUCAAUGCUGCACAAAGUGGAGCUGUUGCCAAGAACCUGCAAACUGAGCUUGAUUAUCUCAUUUCACGCAUGAAGACGUACCUCGGUAUCAAUUACCGAAAUGACUGGAAACUUAUCACCAUCCAAAUCGGGAGCAACGAUCAAUGCGGAUAUUGCAACAGCGGUACAAAGGACGAUGUCACUGUAGAGAAAUACGGAGCCUACGUAGAAGCUGCUAUUGAGCGCAUCAAACAAAACAUUCCAAAAGUACUCGUCAAUCUGCUUGGCACAUUUGAGGUGUCCGCCGUGUUUCCACUUACGGAAGGUCAAGCUUAUUGUCGACCUCGACACAAUGACAGUAGCACCAUCCUCAAUCGUUCCAUGUGCUCUUGCUCGGACUCGGAGGAGAAUUUGAGAAAGAUGGAUGAAUUAUCAGCAGGAUACAAUGAAAAACUACGAGCUAUCGCAGAAAAGUACAAGGCAGUAGAUGGGGCCACUUUUGGUGUGGUUUAUCGUCCUAUGCCAAUUAACAUUGGAAGCUUCCCCAUCGACGCUUUAAGUAACCUGGAUUGCUUCCAUCCAAGCCAAAAAGGUCACAACUGGGUCGCAAAGAUCUAUUGUCCUACAGAUUCUGAUCGCAUUUCUGUUAAAUAA